AUGUCCAGGCUGCACGUUCGCGAUGGCACCUCCACGGUUCAGCCGCCUCUUUCGCAGGCAGUGGGAUACAUCGUUGUUGUAUUGAUCGGUAUAAUUAUAGCCUUAGUUAACAAGAGAAUAGUGAUGAUGUUGGUCACAAAAAUCUUGAAGAAGACCACGGGGGAAGAUAACAAGAAAACCGAAAUGUUUAUGACUGCAAAUCGCUCUGUGCGAACGGGUCUCACUGCAUCAGCUGUGAUCUCUUCCUGGCUUUGGUCAACUGCGCUGCUAGGCUCUUCAUUCGUCGGAUAUGACUACGGUGUUGCAGGACCAUUCUGGUUUGCUGCUGGUUGUAGCCCAAUGAUUGUCUUCUUCGCCCUGCUAGGUAUUUCUUGCAAGCGGAAGAUUCCUGAAGCACACACGUCUCUCGAAGUAGUUCGAAUUCGAUAUGGUCGAACUGCCCACAUUGUGUUCAUGAUCCUAUGCUUGGUCAACAAUAUUUUCGCUUGCGCAAACAUGCUCCUUGGCGCGGCUGCCGUUAUUUCCGCUGUAUCUGGAAUGCAUAUCGUCGCCGCAACCUUCCUUCUUCCCGUCGGUGUCACGGUAUACACCUUCGUCGGCGGUAUCAAAGCGACUUUCUUGACGGACUACUUCCAUACGGCUGUGAUCCUUAUCAUCGCCUGUUAUUUCUCCAUCAAGGCCUUUUCUGAUGACCAAAUUGGCUCAGUGGGGAAUCUCUUCGAGCUUCUCAAAGCCGCAGCCGAGCGUCAUCCUGUUUCUGGCAAUCAGGGUGGAACUUACCUGACCAUGACCUCCAAAAGCGCAAUCCUUUUCGGUAUUCUUCAUACCUGCGGCAACUUUGGACUUGUUGUUAUGGAUACUAGCUAUUUUAUCAAAGCUUUUGCCGCCUCGCCUGCUGCAGUUGUCCCCGGUUACACAAUUGGAGGUAUUGCCUACUUCGCAAUCCCCUGGGCUCUAGGCACAGUCAUGAGCUCUGUUGCCCUUGGAUUGGAAAACCAGCCAAACUUCCCAACUUAUCCUCGACGAAUGACUACUUCCGAAGUCAGUGGCGGACUGGUCCUUCCAUAUGCAGCGAUGACUAUCGCAGGUAAAGGAGGCGCUGCCGCUGUUCUUCUCAUGACUUUCAUGGCUGUGACUUCUACACUCUCUGCACAAGUGAUUGCGGUCAGCUCGAUUCUAAGCUUUGACGUGUAUCGAGAAUAUUUCAAGAAGUCAGCCACCGACCGUGACUUGAUCCGUUCCAGUCACUUUGGCGUGAUCUUCUUUGCUGCCUUCUCUGCUGGGUUUAGCACUAUGCUAAACUACGUCGGCAUCGACCUCGGUUGGACACUGUACAUGCUUGGGGUCGUUACUUGCCCCGGAAUUUUCCCGAUGGUUUUCACUGUCCUAUGGCGCCGCCAGAGCAAGGCCGCAGCCAUCCUCUCGCCCAUACUAGGUCUUGCAACUGGACUUGCCGUGUGGCUUGGGACAGCGUCUCAUUUCGGGGGCGAAGUCUCUGUUGCUAGCACUGGUCAAGUAUUGCCUUGCAUGUAUGGCACUGUAGCUUCUUGCUUCUCGCCAAUUCCAUAUUCAAUUCUCAUCACUCUACUCCGACCACAAAAUUACGACUGGGCGGAUUUCCGAAAAGAGAAGCUUGCGCUUGAAGAAUUGGAUAGUGACUUAACCACCACUCAUAUUACGGAGUCUCCCAAUCACAGUGAAGAGAGUAGCAUUGAGAACGGGCGUGUUGAGAGUGCUGCUUUAGAGUCCAAAGAGCUGAAGCGAUGGGGUCGUAUUGCGGCUUUCUGGUCCAUCGCGACAUUCUUGGGACAUUGGGUGAUUUGGCCCUUGCCGAUGUAUGGAUCUCGCUACGUUUUUGAGAAGAAGUUCUUCAUUGCCUGGGUCGUUGUUGCUAUCGUAUGGCUAUGGGGCACAAUGCUGGUCGCGAUCUUUUACCCCCUUCUCGACGGUGGAAUCCAGCAAAUUCGUCGGGUCUACCGAGGUCUUACUAGAAAAGCCAGUAUUGAGACUAAUGGUACCGAAAAGGGAAAGAAAGUUGACGGAAAGAUUAUCCCGUCUUCUCUGUCAACAGGGUCAACGAGCGAAGUCCCUCAGCAGUAG